GCUGUCGUAAAGAUAGGCUACUCACUGCGCUCUUGAGGAACGCAAACUCCGAGGUGCCAGCGUAGGUGAACGGACUUGACACGAUGUGAAUUAACCCUGGCGCUAUAAAAAAAGUUACCGGUUAAUUAAUGCUCUUUCGGUGUUUGUUAUGGCGUGUUUAGGGGUAAACAAUGUAGGUUGAGUUGCUACAACGGAUUUUCAUUUUACCUGAAGCUUCAAGCAACUUGCCAUUGGAAAAGAAAGACGGUUGGACAAAAAAAUGCUCUCACCGUUUUUGGCAUUUUUACUGACUGUUGCGAUUCUGUGUCGGAUAGCAGUUUCACAGUAUUCCAGUGACCAGUGUAGUUGGAGAGGAAGUGGUCUGACCCACGAGGGCCAUGCGCGUGACGUGGAGCAGGUCUACCUGCGCUGCUCGCAGGGCGUGCUGGAGUGGCUCUACCCGACGGGCGCCAUCAUCGUCAACCUGCGGCCCAACACCGAGUCGGCCGUGGCGGCCUCCCGCCUCUCCGUCUGCAUCAAGCCCUCGUCCGAGUCCAGCGGCACCAACCUGUACCUGGACAAGGCGGGCAAGCUGCGGCUGCUGGUGCGGGACGAGGAGCAGGCGGCGGCGCGCGUGCACUGCUUCGGCAUCCAGCAGGGGGCGCUGUUCGUGGAGGCCGUGCUGCACCAGGACAUCAGCCGCCGCAUCACCGCCUUCCAGUACGAGCUGGUGCCAGACCUGCCCGGCAGCAACUCGCUCUCGGCCCCUUGCCAGCCCUGCACAGAUGCUGAGGUGCUCCUGGCCGUCUGCACUAGUGACUUUGUGGCGGAGGGCAGCAUAGUGGGUGUCCAGGAGGAGGUGGAGGAGGAGCGCUCCUCCGUCACCGUGUCCCUGACCCGGCUGCACCGCCAGAAGACGCGGGUGUUUGUGUCGGGCGGCGGGCGGGCCAAGCGCUGGACGGGCAGAGUGAAGAUGCCAAGGCAGUGCGGGGUGAAGCCGGGCGAGGCCCAGGGGGAGGGCGAGUUCCUCUUCACGGGCGCCGUGCGAUUCGGAGAGGCCUGGCUGGGCUGCGCGCCGCGAUACAAGGACUUCCUCAGGGCCUAUAAGAAGGCGGAGAUACUGGGCACCAACCCGUGCCACGUGGACACAGACUGAGGCGCAGCAGAUGGGCACCGCUGUGCAGCAAUACGUACUUUACAUAUAUAUUGACAUGCACUGCACUACACACACACACACACGCAUGUGUCUCAGACCUCUGAGCUCCAGGCUGGGGGCCACUCCCCAGGAACGGCACGGCAGGGCAGGGCAGGGCAGGGCAGGGGUGCGGGCUGUGGGCCUCAGCAGCCCCAGGCCCAGGGGCCCUCUACCCCAGUGCACAGCGGACGGAGCAGAGCGACUAGAGGAGAGGGAGACACGCACACUAGUGCCGUAUGCAGCCUCGGCCACCUGAUGUCUGGAGGUGCAGCACAGCGAAAGGCAAUACUUGGCCUUUAAAUGUGAAAGACGUUGGACUUCAUGCUAAGCCAGGAAAUGUCUCUUUUUUUAAAAAAAAAAGGAAAGCGGAAACAAACCACACUGACACUCUCACUGAUAGCAGCAGCACUGCUGAAAUGUGAGAGGAAUGGAAGAGACUUUGUAAAAAAAAAGUUGUAAAAAUGAGCAAGUGUAAAAAUGUGAAAAAGCAUUGUGAAAUGGAAAAAAGUCCUAAAUGCUUUGUAAAAAGCUUCUGUACAGUUUUUUUGCUGUUUAUUUCUUACGACAGAAAUGUGGAGUUGACGUUUUAUGCUGUUUUCAGGUUUUUUUUUUGUAAUUAUUUUUUUAAAGAAAGAAAGAAAAAAAAGUUGCGAAGUACAAUUUCAGCCUGUUUUGUCUUCAGGCUGUUGAAUUGUAACUGUUCACUUCUCAAGAUUAAAAAAAAGAAGGAACUUCCAGUCAA